AUGGGCAUAGACUACGACGACAGCUACCACGAAGACUCGUUUGGAGUCGGUGCUGACGGACGUGUUGGUGCUGCGGGACAGAGCUCGUCGCUGGGGCGAGCUCAGGCCGUGGCUACGACCGGUCGGACUAACUGGCCCGAGUUGCUACUGGCCAUGGCGUACAAUGCAAUAACGGGGCGCCUCGAGGUCGAGGUGGUGCAGGCCAGUCAGUUGCGGAUUCCUGGCAGCGUCAACAAGCCGCCGGGUGAGUUGGUACCGGUUGCGUCACUCUUUCACACGUCGCCAGUUGAGCUCACUUUGGCUGCGAGCAAAAGUCUGUCUGAAGACGAGGUUGGCGGAGAUGGCAGCUUCCUUAUGAUUUGCUCUCGUUUGUCGUUACGGAAACAACCUUGUUGA